AUGGUGGAGUUGCGAACACCUACCUACUUGGACCCCUUGGCCGUACGAAUACAGUCGACACGGCGGGGAAAGGCAAGAGAAUGGAAGCGGUUCUUGGUCUUUGCCGAGUUGACAAGGAGUCAAAAAGGAGGAGGCGCCGAAGUCGCGACACAGCGUGAAUACGACGCCCAGGUUGACCUGCAGCACCUCGUCCCAGUCGGUCAGGGGGAACUGGUGCACAGGGUGCCGCCGCUAGAUGCUCACGCAGGUCACCAGGAUGGACACGUCGUGGCCGGCGCCGGAGUCGAGCACCCGGGGGGCCAGCCCCGACACGUCGACUUGCGAGGACAGGGCGGUGGAGAACAGGCCCAGACAGUGUGCCUCUGA